ACAGCGCCAGCGCCUGUUGGGGUUGGAGCACGAUUCUGGCGCACAUGACAUAGCUUAGCAAGCUAACCGGCUAGCUUGCCGUCCUGUUGGCUUACAUGCACAGUUUGUGGGUUUUCGCGUUGACAUCAAGUUUGCACCAAAGCUCGACAACCACGACACGAAUAAGAUACUAAGAAUGUCGUUUCCUGGUCCUGUUUUACUUUGAAAACGCUGGGCAAGUACGUGAAGAGUACGCGGUUUUUGUAGACCUGUAUCGCCUCUUGCUAACUUGACUAGCUCUCGUAGCACUCCAGACAGGUCUGUUUCAGUGGCAUUUUAGUCCGAGUAACGGAGUACACAAAUCAUGUCAGGCAUUGCAUUGAGCCGGCUUGCCCAGGAGCGCAAGGCAUGGCGGAAGGAUCAUCCCUUUGGAUUUGUUGCCGUACCAACAAAAAAUCCAGAUGGAACCUUGAAUCUCAUGAACUGGGAAUGUGCUAUUCCUGGCAAGAAGGGGACUCCGUGGGAAGGAGGCCUCUUCAAACUGCGCAUGUUGUUCAAGGAUGACUAUCCUUCCUCACCUCCAAAAUGUAAAUUUGAGCCUCCACUCUUCCAUCCAAAUGUGUAUCCAUCAGGCACAGUAUGCCUAUCUAUUCUAGAGGAGGACAAGGACUGGAGACCAGCCAUCACAAUAAAGCAGAUCUUAUUAGGUAUCCAGGAACUCCUAAAUGAGCCAAAUAUCCAGGAUCCAGCCCAAGCAGAGGCUUACACAAUCUACUGCCAAAACAGAGUAGAAUAUGAAAAAAGAGUUCGAGCACAAGCCAAAAAAUUCUCCCCCUCAUAAGGGCGAAGACUUGCUCCGCUGCAGCAGAAGGAAUGGGUUUAACAAGAAUCACCUCCCCUCUCAGCCUCUCAAUGAAUGUGCUCCUCUCACAUCGGACUUGCUUAAAGACUUCUAUUUAAACUCCACACAUUCUGUGCCAUCUCUUCUGACCUAUCAUUUUUGUUCUUAAUUACCGGUUGGCUCGUUGCUGGGAGGGGAUGGGUGCUUCCGCACCCCGGUCAUUUCUUUUUAAACAUAAAUUGUCUUAUGUGGUGCAAGGGACACAGCUCGGUACCAGUUUCAUCAAUGCAAGCUGGCUGUCAUCAGUGUUCAAGGAAGAAAAUGUCUCUUUUGUUUAUUUUGCUCUUUCACAGGGUCUAUUCCUUUGUUUCCCCACUUUGUUUUCCAUAAAAUUAAUGUAAAACUCGCUUAAUUCAUUGUCAGUAUUUCAACUGCUGUAUAAUGAAUGGCACUUUUAUACUGUUGUAUCUCACUAGUGUCUCUAGAUGGCUCUGUCUAAUUCUCUUUCCCAGGUUUUCUAUUCAGCAUGCUGUAAUAUAUGAUAGAAUCUGCUGCCUUGGCUGUCUUUUUGUUAUUCAGAGUGUUUGCUAUGGAAUAAAUAAACAUGGCCACAAUGACUGAGGCAGGUAGGCUUACUUCAGUAUCAGACUUUAAGGUUAUAUGGUGCUUUGUUCAUGUAUGUGUUGGCGUAAAUAAAACUUUCUACAAAA